AUGUCAAUGGGGAAAGACAAUGCGACGAGCCCGGGGUUCAGUGUAGUCACUUUCAGUUAUUUUGAUCCAUUUGAAGUGUUUGAUGCUUUGAAAGCAGAAAUUGAAUUGAGAUUACCAUUCCAAAAUUUGCAUUGGAAACCGAUAGACGGAACUUUAAGGACGAUUCGACAACUACCAGUGCGAUUAAUAGCCGAAACAAGUAUAAAUGGCGAGACCACGCAGUUACAGGAACCUUUCAUAAUGUUUCUUAUUGUAAGUUGUUCGUCAAUUGAUGAAUAUAGGGCCAAAGUAAGGCCGCUGGUGCGACAAUGGUUAUCUGGUUCAGAUCGUGUUACAGAAAUGUCUACCAAGAGGAUAAUACUUUUGAGAUGCAAUUUGGAAGUCUUGGACUCGAAUUUGUUCAAGACUAUAUCACUUAUAGAGAAAUUCGCCAAAGAUUUCCCACAGAUGCCGGUUAUCGAAAUGAAAACAAUUUAUAAGUCUGAAGGUGAACGACGCGAGUUUUGGACUAGUAUAAUGAGUAGAUUGGGUUCGUGCGUAAUAGAGAUUUUUCAAGAAAGGCUCAAAACAAUUGAAGAUCAAAUUCGGAAUUCGAACUCAAACGAUUUGGUUGAAAUAGCGAAACAACAAGAACAAGUUUUAAGACUUUAUUUGGCCUUUAGCUUGCAAGAUGAGGCUUCAAAUGAACUGAAAAUAUACGAGAGGGAACUACGUGCCGCAACAAACGUCAAAUUACCAACGGGUCGCCUUGAAAUCCCAUUCUCAUUUGAAAAUUCGACUGGAGGCCAAAACACUUCCAUUGCAUCUUUGUUGGCCCAAAACGAACUCAAUACAUUUCAGGUGACAAAAUUUUUCUUUCUCAGGCAAUUAGAGUUGAUCUACAAUCAGCAACCGCAAGCUUCUCGAUUUGGCAGGCUCUACGCGCAUAUUUUGAGCUUUUUGACAAAUGUGAGAGCUACGUUUCUCAAUAGUGCCAAUUUGCAUGAAUUCGAAUAUUACUUCUUGGAUAAUUUAAUUUCCUUAGUAUUUGCCUCGGAAGAAUCAGGAGCAUUGGCUUCUGAACUGGAAGUUAAUCUUAAACUGCUUCAAAGAGACGUUUGGCUCAGUUUAGUUUACAACAACUCUAAAUUUCGCGCCCUAGAGAAAAGGUAUCAAUUGAACAAUUGCGUAUGCUCCCAAGAGCCUUUGAAAAAAACCUUUCAAGAUGAAGAAACGUUUCAACAGAAUUAUUUGAAAUUGACCAAAGAAAUCAUAUCUUUGACUUCCCAAUGCAGUUCCAAAAGGCAAAGGACUGCGGAUCUUCUGUCAGUCGAUGUUGCACUCAUGUACUACCAAAUGGAAGAUUAUGAAAAUGCUAUUGGCGUCUUGACGUCUUGUUUCGAGUAUUAUAAAGAGAGCGAAUGGAAUGUAAUAGGUACGGCUUUGUUGGAACGAUUUGUGGAUUGUUUGAUUAAAUGCCCUGAUAUAAAGGGGAUAUCCAUUGAAGAUGACGACGAAAAAGUACCCACAGGCCCAUUACUUCGGAAUUCAAUUUUAAAUUUAAUUUCUGCGUCGGAAAGUGGAAAUGCAGAGCUUUGGGAUCGCUUUGUUAAAACAAAUAAUGAUGAUAUGGAUAACUUGGUAUAUCCUCUUGAAAAUCUAUUUGAUGUCAAAGUUGAUUCGCGUAUUAAUGUCACGAAUUCAAACGUUUUCGUUCUGAAGAUUAUGUUAACCAAUGUCAAAGUUACGAGCACUAUAACAUCCUCCAACAUUAGCGUUUUGUUGAAAAACCAUAGUGAUGAAUUUCUUCGAUUCGAAGCAGAGAACAUAGCUUUGAAUUAUGGUGAAAACUCUGUUUUAUUAGGAUCAACCAAGGUGAUUUUUGGUACCUUCGAAUUAGUGAACUUAGGAGUAACAAUCGGCAAUACAUCUUUGUCUAAGGAUUUUGGUGAUUCAGAGGUGAGUGAAGAAAUUUUAGUGGAGAAACCGGCACAGUCCUCAUGUUUUGAUGCUAUUCUUUCACCACCUCAACAUUUCGAUCUCUCGACAAGCUAUGUGACCCUCAAUUUCCUUAACGAACACAAGGUUUCUGACUUCAGUUUAGAACUUACAAUACUAGAACCCAACAAGUUUAGAAAGGCAGGCGCAGCAUUUGAUACAGAAGGUCAGGAGUUUUCAACGGUAAUUUCUGAUGUUAAACAAAGACGUGUGGUAUUCUAUUGCCUUCGACCCAUUGACAAGAUUUUGAUCAGGCAGAGACUUUCGUUCAAAUUGAAAGCUAAUCCUGACACUGAAUUUUUCCAAUCUCAAACCACCGAAAUACGUUGCAAGCUUCCCAUAACAGUAUCAGUGGAAGACAUUCUAAAGGGCCAGGAUUUUUACUUCAAAUUUCUUCUGAACGCCGCAUCUACCGAAGAGCCCAUCUUAGUUCACUCCACUGAAUUGACAGCUUCAAACGAUUACCUGACUUGUGAGAGCUUUCAAUGCCAGCAACCUCUUCUGCUAAAUGGAGACGAGAGCAGUACCUGUUUCAAUUUUUUUCGUGUGAAGCCGAAAGACAAUCACAGAUUCAAUGCAAGAGAUGUUUUCUCUCUUAACGUGCAAUUCAAUACAAUGCGAAAACAACUCGAACACCUGGUAACGAAUGCUUUACUCUUCCAGGGUGAUAUCGAUAGAAUAUCUAAAUUGGAAGCGGUAAGAUCAUUUUGGGAUUAUUAUAUUUUGCCAAAAAUCGAUUUUAAUUACAGAGCUUUCCAAGAUAAAAGCAUCGUGAAGCUAAGAGAUGAAUCUGAGAACGUCCAAUCACUCUUGAAAAAGAUAAAUGAACAUGUUGAUCAACAAGAAAUUCGCCAGUGGAUGCGAGAUUGGCUAAAAAAGCUUAUUAGUGGCGUUAAAGUUGACGACUCCGAGGUUGCCGGCUUUCUCAAAGAUUUGGAUAAAUGUAGCCUUAAUGUGACAGUGAAUUUACCCCCAAUAAGCCAAUCGUUUGAGGUCGAACUAAACCCGUCAGAAAACAAAUACUUGGAGCUCGGAAAUCCAACGACUUUUUAUCUGUCUAUUCGCAAUUUAGCACAUUUGUGGAUUGACGGUGACCAUUCUAAACAUACUUACGUUUUUGAAUUGCUGACUAGCAGCGAUUGGCUGGUCAAUGGUCGUAGAAAGUUUUCGCUGGAAAAUCAAGACACCCAAACAGAAGUUGUCCUUUUACCAUUAAAACGCGGGCGUUUGAACUAUCCCCGAAUCGAGAUCUAUGAUCAAAACCAAAAACUUAAUUGCGUCUACUUUGUAAAUAUGCAUGAGACGCUGGUUGUAAUUUGA